CCGUCUCUCCGCCAACCACAUCGACGGACUUGUCAUCUUCUCAUAUAAAGAAAUGAAGAGAGAGAAAAACUGCCGAGGUGUCUACCGGCAAUGGCUUGCGCAACGAGGCAACUCCUCCACCCGUUCGGCGUGUGUGCCCGAAUGCAACCAUCCUCCACUGCAGCCAUUUCGCGGUCACUUGUAAAAUUCAGUGGAUGCAACCAACCGUCCUGUAGGCUGAAUGUGGAUUCUGUUAUUCUGAAUCUGAAAUCAGUAGCCAAAUCGUUACCGGAUAGUGGUGGCGUUGUGUCUGCCGAUGACAAUGAAGAUGGAGUCUCCCUGGGGACGAUGAAGUUGCCUUCGAAUAUUGACUUCGAUCGAUUGGAAACCUUGCUUUUCCAGUGGGCGAACAGUCUUUGCCAGGGAGCAAAUCUGCCACUUCCGGUGCCUUUGAAGGUUGAUAAAAUCCCUGGUGGAGCAAGAUUGGGUUUCAUUACAAUCGGAGAUGGGAAGACUGAGCUCCUCGUGUACAUAGAUUGCUUGGUUUUCCCCGCAACUGCUGGCUCUGGUCCAAUUUUCCGAGCUAUAAGAAAUGGAGCUUUAAAAGAUAAAUCGCCUCCUGGGGAGCCAAGAAUCAUGAGAAGUCUUCUGGCAGCCCUCAAGAAGUCAAUCGAAAUUGCUAGAGUUUGAAGUGCUCAUUCAUUUGAGAUGUAAUUAUAUAUUUUUUUAACCUGUUACUUGAAGCAUGAUGAAAGAAUGGAUAUUGGUUAUUGCCAUAAGAAUCAGUCUCUCUUUUUU